GCCCGUGCGGAGGCUCCGCCCUCUCGGCGCCCGCCAUGGAGGGGCGCGCGGGUGCCUCCUCCAAGUGGGACAUCCGGGAGAAGGUUUGGGAUCACCUGGAGAGCACCGGCCUGGCCGAGUUCCCGCGGCCCGUCCACCGCCGCAUCCCCAACUUCAAGGGCUCUCUCCAGGCCUGCUCCUCUAUCCAAGAGCUGGAUGUGUUCAUCAGAGCACGGGAGGUUAAGGUGGAUCCUGACAAACCUUUGGAAGGGGUUCGGCUGGCGGCCCUGCAGGCAAGGAAGACUUUGUUGGUUCCCACACCACGCCUGAGAACUGGGCUGUUCAAUAGGAUUGUUCCACCUCCAGGUGCAACUAAGGAAAUCCUGAGAAUAUGUGCCACGUCUCAGGGUGUGAAAGACUACAGUGUGCCUGUGGGGCUGGAUGGGAGAGCACGAGUGGACUUGGUUGUUGUAGGAUCUGUGGCUGUCUCCGAAAAAGGCUGGAGAAUUGGAAAAGGGGAAGGUUACGCAGACAUGGAAUAUGCAAUGAUGGUGUCAAUGGGUGCAGUGCAGGAGGAUACACCUGUAGUUACCAUUGUCCAUGAUUGUCAGGUGGUUGACAUAGAAGAAGAGCUUCUUGGUGAUCAUGAUUUAACUGUGGAUUAUAUCCUCACCCCAACAAGAAUUAUCAAGACUAAUUGCAAGCGAUCCAAACCUCAAGGAAUAAUAUGGCAUAAGGUCAGCUAUGAGAUGCUGGGAAAAAUCCCCAUCCUAAAGACUCUUCGAUACAGGGAGAAGCAGAUGGGCAAGGAUGUUACUCUCCAAGAUGAACAUCCAGGCUUGGCAAACACCACCAGAGCAGCAGCAUUAAACAAGGAGAUGGCUGAAAAUACACAACCACAGGCUGCUGCAGGCUCAGCUCAAAUGGGACAACACCGUGUUGAAAGUGAUCCUUUAAAUCCCCGAUUAGAGGGAUCUGGCACCAUUACCACUGUGUAUGUGGGGAACAUACCUCCCAGCCUGAGAGUGAGCGAGCUGAAAUGUGCUCUGAGGGAAUUCCAUGUGACUCCUUUCAGAUUGAAUUGGCAGGGAGCACAGCACAGGGCUUUUCUUGAUUACAAGGAUCAAGUAACUGCAGAGAGAGCUGUAUCCUCCUUGAAAGGCCUGAGCCUCGGGGGGAACGCUCUGCGAGUGGAGCUGGCCAAGAGUCAGAGGAACAAAGGACAAGGAGAAAUCAAUAGUCAGAAAUGAGAAUUAAUAGAGGAGGAGAAAGAAAAAAAAAAAAAGGCAUGUUUUCAUUGUUUUCUGAGAAGCCAACCUUAGUUUUCAAGGUUAUCCUCUGGCCUCUGCAGGCCAGACAACACAGUGCAGAGCCAGCUUUGUGAACAAAUGAGUACUCACUCCUGCACUUGGACGUGCAAAGGGGGGUUUGUCCAGACAGGUGACACAGGAGCCACUUCUCCAAACGGCUCCCCACAAAGUACCCCCACACUUUCUGUGUCUUUGUUUUUCAUGAGCUGGUUUGCUCUGUGGUGUGUGCAUUUGUUAGGCCUGGAUGACAAACCUGCCCUGUGGUAGCUCUGUACAAGCCACGUGCAGCGAGGUGGUUGCAUUCGUCUCCAGCCAUCUAAAGGUUGGACCUGGAAACUUAUGCUUUAAAAACCAGCAGCAGGACAUCUGUCCUGAGGGUUACAGUUCUGUUCAUUAAAAAAAAUGGGGUUUGCCUUGUGGGAGUUUUAAGGUUUUUUUAUAAAAAUUGCCAGGGGGAGAGAGAUUGUCCUUUUUGUGCUUUUGAAGAAAUGGCUGUGGAAACACUGGCUCAGCCAUGGAGUUCUGCUAAGAGCUGUUGAACAUCAGGUAGGAGAGAUUGUAGCUCUUUCCUCGUCUUUUUUGUCAACUUGGUGAACCUUAUAUUUCUUAUUUCCAUGUGACAGAGCAAAGCAAAGACCAGUUUUCUGUGCUUUUCCUCAGA